AUGAUAUUGGAAAAGACACCCAUCCAAACACAAGAGCCUCAGUCUGCAAUUUCUUUGUGGAUUAUGGCGGCAGUGACUGGAGUUCUUGCUUUCUACAGUAUGCUAAUAACUGCAGUUUUUAUUAAUUAUUGGGUAAGUUCUGCCUUCCCUGGAGGAAAACUGCUUUCCUCUUCAAAAGUAGCGGUCUUUGAUCCGGUGACAAUCCAGCAUUCACUCACGCUAGCAAAACCUCUUUCUCUCUUGCAAAAUUACCGCUUAGAGAGGCUGCCUCCCUUGUCUCACAGGGGCAUUAUAAGGCAGGAAUUCAACAGCGGAAAAGAGAUUUUUGAGUCCCAGAUACAGAAAUCAAAAAAAAAAAUGUACCAUCAGAGUGACUACAUGAACAUGACUCCCCGGCAUCCACCAUACCAGAAGAACAAGGGUUACCCCUCCUAUGCGCCAACACGUGACUACACUGCAUACCGGUCCUGGCAGCCGUGA